GGGAAGAUAAGCUUGGAUAAGCUCUAUACUCUAUACCAAGAACAUAACCAAGAAGAGAAAAUUAUGUGUCAAACAGUAAUGCCAAAUUUAGUAAAUAAAAUUGAAAACUUAAAAAUAAAUAACAUAAACUGGUGUAAAUAAAACUUGGUCUGCAAAAGGUGUUCGGGCUACCAUGGCGAAGGUAAAAGAGGAGUACUCGUGUGAGAUGUUCUCGAACAAAUUCUUCAUGUUAUGCGCGGCUGGCGGCGCCGUCGCCUGCGGGACAACCCACACCGCCGUCACGCCGCUCGACCUCGUCAAAUGCCGCCUGCAGGUCGACCCCGCCAAAUACAAGUCCAUAUUCAAAGGCUUCGGCAUCUCCUUCGCAGAGGGCGGCUUGCGGAAUCUCGUCAAAGGCUGGGCACCGACUUUCAUAGGCUACUCCAUCCAGGGAUCGGUCAAGUUCGCCGGCUACGAAUACUUCAAAUACAAAUUCUCCACCAUGGUGGACGAGGAAUCCGCAUUCCUGUACAGAACAUACCUCUAUUUAGCCGCUGCGGCAUCCGCUGAGUUCAUGGCAGACGUGUUCUUGGCUCCGUUCGAAGCUGCAAAAGUCAGGAUGCAGACGACACCGGGUUACACGUCGCAAAUGAGGAAAGCCAUGCCACACAUGAUGGCCACGGAGGGGUUCGGCGUGUUCUAUAAAGGUUUGGUGCCGUUGUGGGGAAGGCAAGUUCCUUACACGAUGAUGAAGUUUUCGUCGUUCGAAAAGACGCUGGAGUAUUUGUACGAGAACGUGGUGCCGAAGCCUAGGGAGCAGUGCACUAAGGGCGAGCAGCUGAUAGUGACGUUCACGGCGGGGUACAUAGCUGGUGUGCUGUGCGCUAUAGUGUCCCACCCGUCUGACACGAUCGUGUCCAAGCUUAACAAGGAUCCCAGCGCCUCAAUAGGUGGCAUCAUCUCUGAAGUGGGUCCCGUGGGUAUUUGGAGAGGUCUCGUGGCCCGUAUCAUCAUGAUUGGAACACUAACAGGGCUACAGUGGUUUGUCUAUGAUGCCUUCAAAGUUUACACUAAAAUGCCCCGUCCGCCGCCCGCAGCGAUGCCUGAGUCACUCAGAAAAAAAUUGGCAGCGAAGAAGUAGUUUGAUAGAAACUAGCGAUCGUAUCUGUCAAUGCUUAUGUUAAAUCAUGCGCGUCCACAAACAAUUCACUGCAAAUGUAAUUACUACUGA